CCCCGCCAGACAACUGCUAGUAAACAAACAAUUAGCUCCCCCAGCGCUCCUCAUGCCGCACAACACGCUUCCGUAUGGCCUCCAUUCGCUCCAUCGGGGUCCAUAAGCCCGCCGCACUGCAGUACCUGGUCGCCGAGUCCAUCCUCAGUGAAGACUGCACAGAGCGCGACUAUGUCUGGGACACGUACACUGAUGGGAGCCCCGAUGGCCCCACGGACGAAAUUCUCACGACCGAAUACCAUGUUGUCUGGUCACGAGACGGCCUUGUCCGCAAGAUCUUCAAUUUCGAGAUUGAGAAGGAAAAGGUCAUACAAGCAGUCUUGACAUGGUUCCCGGUCGAUGAGCCGUUCAACAAUGCCUGUCGGGCAGCGGGAAUGGCUGCAGAGUACAGUGGGAAGGACCAGUCGAAGAGCUUUCUCACUCAGGGCACCCAACCGGCUACAGAUCCAAACGCCCCAGUCGGUAAUGCCCCGCCACCAGUAGAGACUCGGUCCCGCGCUUUGGUCGUGUUUCUCAGAUCGCAGGCACACGUCUUCUUUCUCACGGGCGCAACCCACAUUGUGAAUCUCCCAUUUGAAGUUGAUCGAGCCUUUCCUGCAGCUCGUGGCGUUGUCUUGCAGAGGAAAAUCGCGCCUUUGAAUCCAGCGCCUUCAAGUCCAAAGAUACCUUUAGCGCCUCCAAACUCCUUCCUCACAAACAACCAGUCGUUCCUAUCGCAGACCUUCUCUCAAAGCUUCACGCAAUACACUCCUCGUAAUGGCUCCUCUGUGGCCGCAUCACGGCUCAAUCAAGCACGCCAACCCGGCCCUGCUAUGUUCCUCGAGGAACUGAUCAAGACUUCUGCGGCGCCAAACACAGAAGGACUGCCCAGGAUAUUCUCAUUUACAGACCCGUUAUCAGAGUUGGGAUUGGUGGUCAACGUGAAUGUGAAUGGCGAGCGAAGCAGCCUGUUGACAAUUCCAGGCUCUGGUCAUCGAAGGCUAGAACCCGUUGAUAAGGCCGAAGAGAUCGUUUAUGUAUCUCCCCAAAAUGAGGUACUCUUCGAUCGCAGUGGCAAUGACAAACCACUCUUAUUGGUCGUCACAGCCAACCACGAGACAAAUGUAUUUACCAUCUGGUCCGCAGCAUACCUCGAGCCUAGAUCAAUAUCAGUUUCCCGCAAACCCCACGUUCCUGUGCCAAUCACCAAGUCUCGACGACGCAGCUCACAUGGCACAACAGCUCCGGGAACGGGGGCGACAACGCCUGCAACGCGAGGCGGUGACAGGCUCAGAGAAAGCUUCGGCGGCCCAUCACGAAGCAAGAUCCAUCCUCCGUCAUUCAAAGAGGCGUCGCAGGCGAAAGAGCGGCUCUCAGAUCAAGCAGUGGAGGAUGUGCUUGCUUCGCAACUCAAUCCAGUUUCUGAUGUGGCCCGACAGCCGAGGGAAUCCAGACGUGUCAGCUCAUUACUCUCACGAGCCGAACUCUCCACAAGUUUCGACAAAUCCGCGUUUCAAGAUUUAGCGACGCAUCGUACCAGUCUGGGUGGUAGCUUCACAGGAAGCUUCGGGGCUAGUCAGCGAAGUAGACGGUCGCUGGGUAACGAUCGGACUAGUCUUGGCGGCUACUCGCAAUCUCGCCAUCGAGCUUCUACCCCUGGUAGUGUUGCCUCUCGAAUGAGUAUGGGAGCAUCUGUAGACGACACUUUGGAAGACGUCAUGGAUGAAGAUACAUUAGACAUGUUGGAGGACCAUGAUGAGCUCGAUGAUCUGUUCGCGCCACCUGAUGCUGAAAACGACUCGCAACCCACCGACGGACUCCACAAGGAGAUGGUCAUGAGAGUAGUAGGUGAAAUACCAAUUGGGCAAUACUUGAAGAGUGGACUUUUCACCUUGGGUGACGACACUUUAGAAUUACAGAAACACUCGAAAGUCUCAACCCUCAAUGCUCCCUUUAAUUCAGCUACACUCCACGAACGUAAAUUGUAUCUAUACAUCUCACACCCGUCCUUGCAACAUCCACUGGAAUGCGAAAUAGUUGUUACUCGCAAACGAUUGUCACCUUCAGCAUCGGCAGUUCAUUCCAAUUCCAACAAAACUGCUCCACGAUACGCGUGCGUUCCCAAAUUCAUAGCGACUCGACAGCUAGAGGGCACACUGGACUUCGUUAAGAUACGUGAUGGCCAAGUCGAGCGGGUAGCACAGCUCACUUCGACGGAUCCUCGCGGGUCAUGUCUAUCCAUGACAGCAGGCUGGGGCAACCACCUACCAACAGAGUUCGCCCUGGGGUCGAUGAAGCUUUUCGAUCCGUAUUCAAUCCUACAGCAAGAACAGAUAAGAGGUUCGGCAGGGCCGAAACGAACGGUAAAGGUCAGUAACCCGCUGCGGUCUAUAUCUUCUUCUGGACCUGAUGGGAAGCUUGAAAUUAUGGAUGGCGAUUUUCGAAGACAUCGCAUGCAAAUAUGUCUUUCACCACCCGAUGGUUUUGUAGCAAAACUCUUCCAAGUGCUGUCCACAGUAUUACCCAAUCAUGCAGGCGACGUCCUUCUCGAGAUAUGGUGGAACAUUCGUGGUUCACUAACUACCGAGGCUCUUGAGCAACCAAAUGCCGACUGGACUGCUUUUGUAGCAACUCUUUUCACUCUCGCAAUCCCUUUUGUGGAUGAGAAAACCCGUAAAUCGAACCACCGCACGAGGUCAAGUCAGAGACGAAAAUCUGGGCGGCCUCUCAAUCAAGCCCAGCCUGAUGAGGCUAUAGACGAUGAGGACUCAGCAUGGCAUCUCAUGUGUAAUCGCCAAGCCUCACAAUCGCAUGCAAAGAGUUGGGAUUCUUCAUCUUGGGGCUGGGUCCUGCAUUCCAGCCCGGCGUCCACUGCAAUGAGUCCGCCAGCCAAGCAAUUAUCAGUACGACACUCGCCCCCAAUCAUACAACAUAUAAACGUCAAGCAAGGCAUGUUGCUCACCUGCAUUGAUGUUGCUCGUCAAUUUGUUCAAACUCCAAUCGGCAAGGCUACAAAUGAUCUUUGGAGGCGACUGUCUCCAUCCGAAAAGCAAGACCUUCGGAUUCCGUCCCUUUCGGAAAUAGUUGUUUGCCUGCAUCUCUUUCGUGAGGAGCGUAAACUGGACGCUAUGUGCCAAGACUUUGCGGGCUCCUGGGUAGGAAACCUGGCUCCAGUAAUAGCGCAACUUGGACAUUGGUUGCGUUGGGACGCCUUCAGCUGGAGACAAGGAGGCUACUACGACCUCAACGGUGGAUCCAGUAGAGACUGGACGUACGAAGAUUCCAGUUUCGGUUCGAAAGUUCGACUUCGCUCGCAGCCAUGGGAUUCGUUACCUUCAGUACUUGAAUGGCUUAGUACUGUUGUGGGGCCUCGGAACUACGCUCCAUUUCCUACACUUGCAAUGCUAGUUCAAAAGUCCGCGGCGUCUCCGCACUCGUCCAUCAACAUGGAUGAGAUUAUUGCUAGCGUCACUCCGCGAACCAUGGCCUUGCAUAAGUUCUUUCGCGACGUCGACCCUACCUCGAGCCCCCGGAGAACAGUAGAGUUAAUGGAGCGUUGUAACAUCAGUCCUGAAAUAUUGGCUACUCUACCGGAAGCUGCCAAAGCACCACUAAUGGAAGCCAUAACAAGAUGUCAGGCAAACCCACCUACCACCUGGUCAAGCUCGUUACUGAAACUCGUGCAACGGCAAGACCUCGAUCUGAGCGAGAUGCACAGUGGCGACAUCGUUCACGACUCGCACACAAAUCCGACAAGCGUACUAAGUCUUCAACCCUCGACCGCGAUACGCGACGUUCACACCAUAUGCCAGGGUGCAGAUCGCGCAGAGCCCAUCCAAUCGACAUCUGAGGUGGAUCGCCAUUACAUCACAAGACUUAUAUUUCGUGAGGAUCGACGAUAUAUGGAGGCCUACACACUUCUAGAGCCUCUGAAGCAGACCGUUGCUGAGUAUCGAGUGGACAGUCGGGUAGACGACGCAGCUGUUUUGGAAGGGCAGAAGAUCUUCAUGCAAUGGGUUAUGAUUCGCACAUUCUCACUACCCAUUGGCAGUUCUAUGAUCAAAUUUAGUAGUAAGAAACCUCUGCUUACGGAGAAAUACCCUCUAUAUGGAUUUUCGACAUCCUGUCUGAUGAAGCCUAUGGGCAACGUUGUCACCGCAGAGCGUCAAAACUACUCGGAAGAGAAGUACUUUUGGGCUUUUUUUAAUGCAGGUGUUGCUGCUGGUUUGAGCAUCUCGCGCGAUGCUCAAGGAAUAGAUACUUCAUGGAUCAUGUAUAAUAAGCCGUCGGAGCUUACGAACAAGCAUGCAGGCCUUCUACUCGGUCUCGGCUUAAACGGUCAUCUACGAACAAUUGCUAAGUGGCUGUCCUUCAAGUAUCUCACACCAAAACACACAAUGACCUCUGUCGGUCUGCUCUUGGGGUUGUCUGCAUCUUUCAUGGGCACAAUGGACACUCUUGUCACACGGCUACUAUCAGUUCAUGUCACCAGAAUGUUACCACAAGGCGCAGCAGAGCUGAACCUUUCGCCUUAUACACAGACCACAGGUUUGAUGGGCAUCGGUCUUCUCUACUACAACACUCAACAUCGACGAAUGAGCGAAGUCAUGCUCUCUGAAAUUGAGCAUGUGGACGUACCAGAUCCAUCUGAGCCGCCGGACAAUCUACGCGACGAAGCGUACAGGCUGGCGGCUGGUUUUGCAUUGGGGUACAUCAACCUUGGCAAGGGCAAAGAUUUGCGAGGUCUUCGCGACAUGCGAAUCGUGGAACGGCUGAUGACAGUAGCAGUGGCUCCGAAAUCAGUAGACAUUGUCCACAUACUAGACCAAGCAACCGCUGGUGCAGUGAUCGCUAUUACACUGAUCUUCAUGAAGACACACGACCAGGCAGUGGCUCGUAAAGUUGAUAUCCCUGAUACCCUACCGCAGUUUGACUAUGUUCGUCCGGACAUCUUCCUUCUUCGCACGCUAGCGAAACAUAUGAUUAUGUGGGAUCACAUCGAAGCUAAUGACGAUUGGAUCAUCAAGAAUCUGCCGAUGGAAUAUCGGGACGACUACGACCUCAAGAACGUCACCAAACUACGCAGCGAACACAUGCCGUUUUACAACAUUCUUGCUGGACUACUAUGGAGCAUCUCACUAAAGCACGCUGGCACUGGCGACAUACAAGUGCGCAAUUUUCUGCUCAAGUAUCUCGAUCAAUUCAUCCGUAUCAACAAACUUCCUGCACUACGCUACGACUCAAGGCUUGGUCGCAACACAGUUCGUAACUGUCAAGACCUCCUUGCACUCUCGGCAGCAACUGUCAUGGCAGGCACAGGCGACCUUGAUAUCUUCCGUCGCCUACGCGGUCUCCAUGGUCGCGUUGGACCUGAAUCGCCUUAUGGCUCACAUCUGGCGGCACAUAUGGCUUUUGGUACUCUAUUCAUCGCCGGCGGAACGCAGACAUUCAGCCGGUCGAACAAAGCCAUCGCGUCGCUCAUUUGCGCUUUCUAUCCUCUAUUUCCUAUGGACGUGCAGGAUUCACGCGCUCAUUUACAAGCUUUCCGCCACUUCUGGGUUCUCGCUGCUGAAUCGAGAUGUCUUGUGGUUCGGGAUGUGGACACUGGACGUGCGAUUUCAAUGCCAAUCACUGUUCAUCUCAAAGCUAACGACGAGACGAAGAACCUGGUUGCACCGUGCCUGCUGCCAGAAGUUCAGCUCAUCGCUCGCAUACAAACAGCAGAUAUAACCUACUGGCCCACAACUCUCGACUUUGUGCAUAACCCUAUACAUCGGCGUGCCUUCAACAUGAACCAGACACUAAUCGUAAGACGGAGGUCAGCACACGAUACCUACACCUCGACGUUCAGCGCCACUCUUGUCGCACUAAACGACGCGCAAUCCUCCCGUAGCGCGCAGUUACUCUUCCACUGGCUCUUCUCCCUCCCCUCAAUCGCGGCGUUCGUCUCGGAAUCCGAUGCUGGCCUUGUGCUGCCUGUGGAUCCUCACUCGAAAACUUUCUUGGACUCUGGGGCAACGGUGAUAGAGAGUCGGCUGGUGCUGGGCAGGCUGGCGAAGAGUUGGAAGGCCGACGAGUUGAGGGAGUUGAGAGGCGUGUUCGAAUGGGCAGAAGGCGCGGUCAAGGGGGAUGGGAGGUUGAGGUGGCUUGGAAAGGAUGUGGUAGAGGGGCUAAAAGCGGGGAUCUUGGAGAGAGGACGAGGGGUUGGAAGUCGUUAAAGUGGUUUGUAGGUAUCUGGCGGCUAUGGUGCGAUCCAAGCGUGUAUAAUGUAAAAGGGGCGUGUAUUUCCAACUUGAUGCGCCAAAAUUGGCUCCAUGUCAGGAUGUAGCUUGAAAAAGAAAAGCUUUGUCUUGCUUAUGUCUGUAUUCUCCAGCGGGACACUGGUGAAAGACUGACGUUGAGACGGCUUAGUUGACC